CGCUCUUCUCCACGUGGUCUUGGCUCGCCCCUCCCUUCCUGGUGAGAUGGCGGCGCCCAAAUGGAGUGCGUCGGGCCUCUGGAUCCGGGGAAACGGCCAGGGUUUCGGGAGUAUCUUCACUCCCGUCUCAAAGCCAUUUUGUUCCGCUGCCGCUGCUUCUACGUCCAUAAAUGCUCAGAGAUUAGCGGAGAGGCUCCGAGCCCAGAAACGGGAACAAGACACAAAGAAGGUGCCGGUGUCCACAAACGCUGUUCAGCGGAGAGUGCAAGAAAUAGUGCGGUUCACACGGCAGCUGCAGCAAGUCCACCCCAACGUGCUUGCUAAGGCACUGACCCGAGGAAUUCUCCACCAGGACAAGAAUCUUGUGGUCAUCAAUAAGCCCUACGGUCUCCCUGUGCAUGGUGGCCCUGGGGUCCAGCUCUGCAUCACUGAUGUACUGCCUAUCCUGGCAAAGAUGCUUCAUGGCCACAAGGCAGAGCCCUUGCAUCUGUGCCACCGGCUGGACAAGGAAACCACAGGCGUAAUGGUGUUGGCUUGGGACAAGGACAUGGCACAUCAAGUCCAAGAGUUGUUUAGAACCCGUCAGGUGGUGAAGAAGUACUGGGCCAUCACUGUGCGUGUCCCCAUGCCCUCAGCAGGAGUCGUGGACAUCCCCAUUGUGGAGAAGGAGGUGCAAGGCCAGCAGCAACACCACAAGAUGACAUUGUCCCCGAGCUACCGUGUGGAUGAUGGGAAAAUGGUGAAAGUGCGGCGCAGCCGGAAUGCACAAGUUGCUGUAACUCAGUACCAGGUGCUCAGCAGCACUCUCUCCUCCGCCCUCGUGGAGCUCCAGCCCAUUACUGGAAUAAAACAUCAGCUUCGAGUUCACUUGUCUUUUGGAUUGGAUUGUCCAAUCCUUGGUGAUCACAAGUACUCAGACUGGAAUAGGUUGGCCCCCCAGAAGCUGUCCGUGGGCACCCUGAAGAAGCUGGGGCUGGAACAGUCGAAGGCCCGCUACAUCCCCCUUCACCUGCACGCCCGGCAGCUGAUCCUGCCUGCCCUGGGGUCCAGGAAGGAGGAACUCAACUUGGUCUGCAAACUUCCUCGCUUCUUUGUACAUUCCCUGCACCGCCUGCGUUUAGAGAUGCCAAAUCAGGAUCAAAAUGAGAACAGUGAAGCCAAGUGUCCGGGAGCACAGUGAAGACUGUGGGAGCACCCUGGCACCUGGGAGCACAGUGAAGACCGUGGGAGCGCCCUGGCACCUGGGAGCACAGUGAAGACCCUGAGAGCACCCUGGCACCUGGGAGCACAGGUUGGCCCCUGAACUGUUUUUUGUUUACAGGACUCUGCUAACUUCUCACUUGGAACAGACUCCAUAAGAGCUAGGUGAGAUAAGGUGAAGCAGCUUAGCUGCUACAGGGCUUUUGAUGGAGAACAAAGUCUAUUUACUGGUAAUUUGGCUACACUGUGGAAAAGCCUGCUGGACGUCUCCCUGCCGUGGGCUCUCAUUGCCAAUAUGGAACAGAGCCCAGGGCCAGGCAGACUGGGGCAGUGACUGGAAAAGGAAAACUAAAGGACAGAAUCCAGGAUCAGGAACUGUUUUUAUCCAGCAGUGAAGCUCUUGAGCUUCUUAGGAAGGUUCCUGUGGUUGGAAAGAACAUAAUGGUUAACAAAUAUGACAGCAUCCAGGGAUUGCCCAGCUAUAGUGUGGGUGCCCUACUGCACUCUGAUUAUGGAACCUGUAAAAGAGUGUUGAGUGUGAGGUUGAGGUGGGACAUUUGCUGAGCAAGGAGAGCCGAUGUGAGUGGCAGGCAGAUAACAUGCAUACAUGAAGCUGGCUGGGUGUAGGCAGUAGCGGGGAGCGGCAUGCUAUCUAACAGUUGUUAGUUCCAGCUGGUUGUUGCCAUAUGGGAAAGGAUUUUCUCAUUUAUUUCUUCAGAGAAGCUGGAAACCUAGAUAUUUAUGCGAAACCUCCCAGUGUAUUGCUAACUAAAUCGAAUUUUUAAAGAUGCUUAGGCAGCUAAGCAAAUAAUACUUGCAGGUUGAAUUUGGUCUACAGGCUAUCAGUUUGCAGUCUAUGUUGAAUGAAUGGUAUAGAAGUUUGGGGAAAGGUGCCAUCUUGAAAAUUCUGGAUCAGUGGUUGGCAUUUUAGUUGCAUGUAGUAUGUAUCCUUUCUAGACUUGGAGAUGGCUUUGGUUGGUCCGUGAAUGUGUAGUUAUGAGAGUGCUGCCAUU